UGCACUGUCAGUUGCUCGUAAUGGAGCUGUUGCUACUAAUGGGCAUUUAACUCUCUCGACAUUGUACAAAAUCUCUUGUUCUUGAAGUAACAUCGAAUAACAUCAUGAGUGCGUUAUGGAGAGAACAUAAAAUGGAAGCGACUAGACCAGCUAUUAUGGAGAGCCUGGAUAGCAUGUGCAUUUGUAACAGGGGCGUACACCAUUCCAAUCAUGACUCAGUUUCCAUAAAUGGUAUCUGUGAAAAUGGAUUAAGAGCAAAGUGCCAGUGCAAUGAAUCUAGGAGCUUCUUGUUAAUAGAUGGACAAGAAAAUCUUAGGGUGUUUAGUGCUGAACAGUUCAUAGAAAAAUUAAACUGUGGUCAGAAGGAUCUAAAAGUAAAGGUAGUGUCCAUCUUUGGGAAUACAGGUGAUGGCAAGAGCCACACAUUGAAUCAAACAUUCUUCAAAGGAGAAGAAGUAUUCAAAACUUCAAACAAGCAAAACUCAUGUACCUUAGGAGUUUGGGCAGCGUUUGAUCCAACCCUCAAAGUGAUUUGUUUGGAUACAGAAGGUUUAUUAGGUGUUUCAACUCACGAGAAUGAACAAAUGAGGUUGUUACUUAAAGUCCUUGCUGUGUCUGAUAUUGUUGUGUACAGGACACAGUCCGAAAGAUUAAACAAAGACUUGUUCAUGUUUCUUGGUACCGCUUCACGGGCGUACAAUCAUCAUUUUCAAACUGCCUUACAAGCAGUCGGACAGAGAGAAGGUGUUCUAAGCUCCUUAAGUACAUUGGGACCAAGUGUUAUAGUACUACACGAAACUAGAUACACCGAACCUCUGACCAACAAUGGUGCGGAAAGUGCGGAAGAAAUUCUUAGAACACGAUUUGCACAAAUGAAACUCGAAACGGAGGCGUUCAGUUCCAUGAAAUAUGUCAGUCUGCAGACGGCAAAUCCCACGGCUGAUUAUGCACUUUUGCAGGCUACAAUUAAAAAAGAAUUAAAUAAUACAACCGUUCGAUCUGCCAGACAGCCGUAUUUAGUUUAUAAUACCCUAAAGGUUUUAAAUGAUAAAUUUUCUGGAGAAAUUGAAACUUAUUCCAAUUCUUUGUUUCCCGAUCAAUAUUUCACCUGUCCUGUUAAAUGUCUUAGCUGUGGAUGCAGAUGCAGUAAUAGUAUGGGUCAUCUUCGAGAGGGAAUACCACACAGUAGCAAUACUAGGUGCCGGUAUCAACAUCAGUAUGAAAAUCUAGUAUAUAUAUGUAAAAAAUGCCAUAGUAAUGGAAACGAAAUUCAAGUUACAAAACGGAUUCAAUCACAAAAUGAUAAUAGUUGGUAUGGAUUGGUUAAAUAUGCUUGGGCAGGGGAUGUGAUAGAGUGUCCCCAUUGCGGAGAAAUAUAUAGAAGUCGUCAGUAUUGGUACGGCAAUAAAAAUCCAGAAGACUUUGCCGUUCGUACAGAAAUUACACAUGUAUGGAAUAUGGCAAACCCAUCGAUAACUUCUCAGAAUACGGCGCAAAAAGUAAUCGAUGGUGUGUCGUAUAUUACCGAAGCUGUGAGUAAUGUCUCCUUACAACCAACAAAGGUGCUGUCUGCGUGGGUUGCCGAUCAGGUAGCACCCUCUUACUGGAGACCUAAUAACGAGAUAAAACAUUGCCACAAAUGUAAAGACGUAUUUGGACCAACCGAUACGAAGCACCAUUGUCGGGCAUGCGGUGAAGGCUUCUGCUCACAGUGUUCGUCCAAAAUAAAAUGUGUUCCAUUUAGGAACUGGCAUACACCAGUACGCGUCUGUGAUAACUGUUAUAGCAAGGAUACAAACUCCAAUGAUGAAACUACCGAAACUUCUGAAGAUGUGAGUGCAAGAAAAGUAUCUGAACAAGUAGUCUCUACCCUGAGCGCGGUCGGAACUGUUCUGAACUAUUCAAAAUCAUUCAUAAAAGAUACCGUUCGACCUUCCUAUUGGAUCCCUGACUCAGAAGUCGUUAAUUGUUGCAUAUGCUGUCAAAAAUUUUCUAUUUCUCUUCCACUGCAUCAUUGUAGAGAUUGUGGACGUGGAGUUUGUCAAGAUUGCUCGCAACAUCGUAAACCCGUUCCGCAUAGAGGUUGGGACAAGCCAGUUCGUGUUUGCAACUCCUGCAUAAAGAUUGACUAAGGGAAAUUAUAUACGAAUGAUAAUAGAAAAUUAAUUCCUUAGGAGCAUCAUUAAUUC